CUUCCACUCGCACUGAGCAACUUCAACCAGUUCCUCUCAUAUACAGCCUUAGAACAUAAUGAGCUCAAUCAGGCGUUGCCACGAUUCUCUUAUUACCGUCUCAUGAACUCCCUUGCCAAAUCCCUUUCAUGUGGGGCACGAGCUGUCGAACCAACGUUCAAGCGUCUCCGCUGGACUCUCGCUCUCACAUCUUUCCUUUCUCUUCAUACAGGCUCGAGAAGCAUGGCCACCGUGAAAGACUCGGUACCCCAUAUCAUCAGGACCGCUGAGGAUCCCCGGCAAAAGGGCAUAUGGCCAGCCCGGUUGAGCAAGAUCGGACAUAUCAAUUCCAAGAUCCGGUUGCUGAGACUGAGCCUGCAAAGAGAUGGAUAGCCACCUCUCCGCCAUCUUCCGGGUCAAUACAUAGACCUGUACAUCCCCAACAUCGACGUUGUGGGUGGCUUCACCAUCACUUCGCCGCCUCAAGCGUCUUCCCCGUCUCAAGAUGACCCGCACAUAGAGCUGGCUAUCCAGUCCUCUCCGUCAAACCCACCGGCGGCAUACCUCUGGCGAGCUGCGCAACAAAUCCUCGACUCAGCGAUGACAUUCCGCGUGGGUGGGAAUUUCGUCUACCCGCCGCCAACGUUGAACCAAGAAGAAUGCCGGGCAUUGGACAGAGUGGUUUUCAUCGCGGGAGGGGUGGGGAUCAAUCCCGUCAUGAGCAUGAUCUCCGCAAUGCAUGUCUUGGGCGCGGAUAAAUUGGGUGGGAUGACAAGGACUGUAAGAGUGCUCUACGCCUCACGGCGAGAGAAGAACGACGAGACCGGUGCAGAAGAAGAAAUUCUGUUUGAGAAGAGAUUGAAAGACAUAGCUGAGAAGUGGAAAGGCCACGACCGUGUCGACUUCAAAUACACUCUCUUCGUGACCAAUGGACCGUCUGGGACAGAAGGAACGAAACAAGACGAAGUCGGACCAGGAAACAUGGCAACGCGAUACAGGCGGAUCGAGCAUGAUGACCUUUUUGACGCCCUCGGGCCUGAAGGCAACAGAGCUCACACGGUCGUGUACGUCUGCGGCUUGCCCACCAUGACAGACGAAUUCGUCGCUCUGCUGCAGAAAGCGCCAGGGAUGGAGGACAGGAGAGUGCUUUGCGAGAAAUGGUGGUGAAACAGGAGUCACCCGUAGAAAGACCUUGCGAGGACUCAAGAGUCAAGAGGAGCGGUUUGAAGGGAGAUCAAUGAUCUUAUACAUUUUCUCUCAGGGUAUCAUGGCUUUCCUUUCCUUGGUCGUUGCGCAACCCCUUCAAAUGCUUUUGUCCGCGGCCAUUUCUCUCUGUACCAUGUCAAUCG